GGGAAAGGAAGUUAUCACGUGAUAAUAACAAGACAAGAUGGCAGCUGAAAUAAGAGAAGAGGAUAGGAAACAAGGGAACGUCAGGCGGCCAGUUUUGAUAAAUAAAAUUGAAGGAUGUCCAGACACUAUAAACAUGGCCAUAAUUAUACCGAAAGAGGAGGGAGUAAUAAGCGUUAGCGAUGACAAAACGCUCCGUGUUUGGUUAAAGAGAGAUUCUGGACAAUACUGGCCCAGCAUUUGCCAUACAAUGCCUUCCGAGGCGUCCAGUGUGUAUUAUAGUUCAGAGACGAGACGAAUGUUUGUAGGCCAAGACAAUGGGAAUAUCACAGAAUUUGAGCUGACAGAAGAUUACAACAGACUCAUCCACCACAGAGAUUUCAUAGCCCAUCAAAGUCGAGUGACUGCGGUGAUAUUUUCUGUGGCUUGUGAAUGGGUGCUCAGCUGUGGCAAGGACAAGUAUUUUAUGUGGCACUGCUCGGAGACCGGUCGUAGACUGGGUGGAUAUCAAGCCAACGCCAUGUGUUUGUGUCUGGAAUUUGAUGAACAGUCCAAAUCAGCAUUUAUCGGGGAUUAUUCAGGCCAAAUCUCUGUCAUCAAAGUCAAGGAGAACUCAUUUGAUCACAUUGUCACACUGAAAGGACAUGCGGGAAGUAUACGCUGUCUCUCGUGGGAUGCGGAGAACCAGCUUCUGUUCAGUGGAAGUUUUGACCAGUCCGUCAUUGUGUGGGACAUUGGGGGGCGGAAAGGAACAGCGUUUGAACUGCAGGGACAUAAAGAGAAGAUCCAAGGUUUGUCCAAUGCGAAGAAUUCCCACCAGUUACUGUCAGGUGCCGACGACUGUGUUUUGGGCAUCUGGGACAUGCAGGUCAAGCGAGUGGAGACGCCAGAGUGGAUUGAGAGUGAUGUGUGCCAAAAAUGUGACAGUCCCUUCUUCUGGAACUUUCGCAAGAUGUGGUCGGACAAGAAAGUUGGGAUGAGACAGCACCACUGCCGUCGCUGUGGCAAAGCAUUGUGCCACGCAUGCUGCAGCAAGUUGUCCACUAUCCCGCUGAUGGGCUAUGAGUAUGAAGUUCGGGUCUGCGAGGAAUGUUUCGAGCAAAUCACCCCUGAAGACAAAGCCCCCCAUGCCACCUUUCAUGACCUGAAGCAUAGCGUGGUGCAUAUGAACCUGGACGAGGCAAGGAAGAUUUUACUCACCACGGGAAAAGACAGAGUGAUGAAGCUGUGGGACAUGAGUAGUGUGCUACACUGAGGGAUCCAGACCUGUGUACAAGAGCAGUCAGGAUAGCCGUGUGCAACACACAGAUUUCGCAAUUUGACAAAAUAAGUGUCUUGUUCAGUUGUUUUUUUUUGUUAUGUUUUUUUUGUCUAACGUUUUUACAUUACAGAAAUAAUAGAAGCUGACAGAGUUUACAUUAAUUUUUUUUUUGUUAGUUAAAAUUUUUCCAACAUAACUUUUGGGAUGUCUGACAAGUUGGUUUUAACAAAUACAGUACACUGGGAUUUUUUUCGUGUGCUUUUGAUUAGUUUUUCUUUUGUUGUUUUUUUUUUAGGGGGAAAGGGAGUGAGGGGAUUUGGGACGUUGUGUUUUGCCCACUUUAGUCGCUGAAAACAUUUUGAAUUUGCAAUCCGAGUCGCCCAGUGUCAAGUGUUCCAUUGCAGUUGCACCCUUUAAACAUUUUGCAAACAACUUGAAUUCUUGAAGCCCUUCCUUGUGCUGUGGGCGUUCCUGGUAAGCCCUAAUAAUUUUCUGCAAUGUGUGCUGUGGGUGUUUUUGGUAGGUCUUUGAAAGUCUGUUUUAUGUUUGGGUCAUAUCUUCAUUUCUACACGAUUUUGAAUGAAGAGAGUGAUAUCUGUCUUCAUUGUUCUCUUGCCUAUUGAGAUUGGGUCUAUUUUUAGAUAAUGUCUAGAACAAAGAGAGGUGUGUAGUGUUUUGCAAGUGAAAGACAAAGCCAGAGGAGCAUGUGGGUUUUUUUUGGUGGAAAAUGGACUUAUGUGUUGUAACUUGUAGUGUCUGUUUUGUAACUGCUGUGGUAUUGUUUCCAUGGAUGUAGAAUAUGUGACUGCCACUUCAAGCCACUUGGAGAAUAUAUCCUUGGUAUGGAUGUAGGUAGGGGCACUGAAGUCCAUUCAGAUCAUACAAAGAAAAAAUCUUUCUCACUUUUGCCAGUCAAAUUACUUAGCAGAAUAGAUUUAGCUCCAAAAUAUUUCUUAUCAUGGUAUUGUAUGUUCAUUUCUCUUUGAAAUGAUAAUAUAUACUUUUCUAUAUAUAUCUAGGGAUCGUAGCAAGUGUUAUGGCCCGUCAAAGACAUGAACUGUGUCUGACACAACCUGUGAGGAAUUUUUUCUAGCACACGAGAGGAACUUUUGUUCAGUAGGUAAGGGGUUAGAAAUUGUAAAAAUUGGGAUUUUGCUGCGAGCACCGUAUAACCUCUACUAAAAACAAAAAUUGCAAUUUGUUAAGUCGCACACAAAGAAAAGCUAUGUUUACUGUAUAGGGCAGAUUGUUUGCUCACUGUUUUGACAAGAUAGUCACUUUGUUUAAUCAGGUGAACUGAAAACGUAAAACGUUUUUCUCAAUUGAAGACGGUAGGCUUUCUUGUCAGAAAUAGAACGAAACGAAAGGAUAAAAAGACCAGAGCUGGUUUGAACACUUUUCAUUUGAAGAUCUCUCUACCAUCUUUCUGUUUCCUGAUCAUCUCAAUUUGUUAAGCAUGCUGUUGGAAUUUAAGUUAGCCUUCUUCUCAGAUUUUGGCCUAAAGAACUUAAAUUUUAUAGGUAAAAUUUUGA